AUGGCUACCCAAUCAAAACAGAAGAAGCUGAAGGGUGGACGUCAGAAAUUGAAACUUUUUCGGGCAAAUGAACCCCUUAAAAGUGUGCUGAUGUGGGGUAUCAACCACUCUGUAAACACCCUCCAGCACGUGAAACCCCGAGCUGUUCUUCUGAAGGAUGACUUCAAAGCCUAUCUGAAGAUAAAGGUCACCGGACAUCUUUUCAACAAGCAAGUUUUCCUGAAAUACUGUGACUCCUUCUAG